UGAUCGACGGUUUAAUUUAUUUUAUAUAUUGAUUAUAUUAUAAUAAUUAACAAAAAUGUUGUCAAGCGUAUUAAAGUCUGUAUUUGGUUAUGAUGACUUUAAAAGUGAUAUACAGAAACGUGCCACCAGUGCUAUUUAUGAAGGUAAACAUGAUGUUUAUGUUUGUAUGCCCACUGGAUCAGGCAAGUCGCUUUGUUUUCAAUUACCAUCUAUAAUGAAAAAAGAUAAAGUUGCAAUUGUAUUUUCACCAUUGUUAGCUCUCAUGAAGAAUCAAGUGGAUUUUUUAGUUAAUAAAAAAAUUAAAGCCGUUUCGUUAAAUUCAAAUACAACUACCAAAGAUAGAAAUGCAAUAAUGAAAGAAUUAUCAUCAAAUUCGCCGCAAAUCAAAUUAUUAUAUGUUACACCUGAAAUGGGAGCGCAGAAGCAUUUUCAAGAACUUAUAAUUAAAUUACAAAAAGCUAAGGCUAUAUCUUAUUUUAUUGUUGAUGAAGCACAUUGUUUAAGCCAAUGGGGUCAUGAUUUUAGACCUAGUUACAGACAAUUAGGUGUAUUUAAAAAGCUUUGUCCUGAUGUUCCUAUAAUUGCUUUAACUGCUACAGCUGCAAAAGAGGUAGUAGUUGACAUAUUAAAGACAUUGAACAUGAAAAAUAUAUUAAAAUUUUCAAUUCCAGUGUUUCGUCCUAAUCUUUAUUAUGACGUAUGGUUUUUAGAAGUAUUAGAUAAACCAUUUGAUCAUCUUAAAAAUUUCAUUGUGGAAGCUCUUGGUCCAUUAAAUGAUUCUCUACCAAAAGAUAAGAGAAAUUGUGGUAUUAUUUAUUGUAGAAAAAAAGAAGCAACAGAAAUUAUAGCUAAUAAAUUAAAUAUGUUUAAUAUUCCAACAUUGGCAUAUCAUGCUGGUUUAAAAAAUCAAGAACGUAAUGAAGUUCAAAAUAAAUGGACAGUGGGUGAAGUUUCUGUUAUUGCAGCAACAUGUAGUUUUGGAAUGGGUGUUGAUAAACCAACUGUGAGAUUUGUGGUACAUUGGACAGUUCCACAAAAUAUUGCAGCAUAUUAUCAAGAAUCUGGUAGAGCAGGUAGAGAUGGUAAUCCAGCCUUUUGCAGAGUAUAUUUCUCUAACGAAGAAUUUGGAAUUAUUUCAUUUCUAAUAAAAGAAGAACAUUCUCAAAAAAGAACAGAAUUUGCAGAAGUACAAUGGAAGAAUUUUGAAAAAAGUGUUGCAUAUUGUCUAAAGACCAAAUGUCGACAUAGUGUAUUUUCUAAAUACUUCGGAGAUAGUCCACCUGCGUGCAAAAAUCGUUGCGACGUAUGUAAAAAUAAAAAUAUUGUUGAAGCAAGAAUAUCACAAUUUGAAAUGUGUCGAUCACGACCGGAUAGAUAUUCAAAGAAAUCUUCGAGUAGUGCAGAUGGCUUUGCAUUUUCUAAAUAUGAUGAUAUGAGCGAGUGUCAAGAAGCUUGCGUUCCAAGAGAAAAAUUAAUUGCCGAUGCUAAACGGGAAACUAAAGAAUUAAUUGAAAAGCAAUUUGCUUUGCGCCGAAAUAACAAUCGUAAUGAAGAGGUGAGAAAAAGAAAUAAUGAAGAUGCUAAGCGAUCUAAUGUUCGUGCAGCUGAGAGUACUGAUAUAAAAAUAAAGGGUUUGACUGUGCAGUUACGAGAACAUUUUUAUGAUAAGUUAAAAACAGUCUUAUAUGAAAAUUAUAAAUGUGUAUGUAAAAAAUCUGGGAAAGAUUUUCAAGAAAAAGACAUGCAUAAUAUAGCUUAUCAAUUAGAAUACAAUAUGCUCUGUAGUACAAGACUUCUUAACAAGUACAAAUUUGAUAUGUCUAAAUUGAUUUCAUCUAUACGAAUGUGUACUAAUAAUGAUACGACACAUGAAGCAUUAAUAGAAUAUGAUAUUAAUUAUGAAGUUCACCCUCAAACAACAGCAUCUAAAACAGUCCCUACGAAUGUAAAUGAUGAUCAAAAUAAAUUAAAGAAUAAUAAUAUUAAAAGAAAUGAAAAAAAUAAACAAUGUAAAAUUAUGUCGUAUUCACAAGACAAAUCAAACAAUAGUUCUCAUGAUACUACAUUCAAAACAGCUUUAGAAAUUAAAAAUAGCAAUCAAAUGAAAGUUAGUGAAAACGAUGAGACCAAAAAUUAUAAUGUAACUUAUAUUAACAAUGAAAUUAAAACAAUGAAGACUGUACGUGAAGAAAAAGAAACAAGAUUAAAAGACCAUGAUGUUGCUUUCGUUUCAGCCAGGGUGAUUAAUGAAAACAAUGUUCAAACUGCAAAGGAAAAAAUGUGUAAUGUACCCAAAACAAGUAUUAAAAAGAAAAAAGUUAAUAAAAAUGUCAAUUCAAAAAGAAAAAUUUAUGAAUAUCUUUUAACUAGUGGAAAUUCCAUCAGUAAAGAUACGACUACAGACAAUAAAUCAGAAACUUUAAGCAAUAAUGAAAAGCUUAUAAAUGAGAUUAAAGUAUGUAAGGAUAAAAAUAAGCGUAAAGUUAAUGAUUCAUUCGACGAUACUUAUGGUAAGAAAAGAAAAAACUGAAAAUCUAAAUAUAAAAAAUAAUUCAAUAAGAAAGGAAAUUUUCGCAAACUUAAAAGAAACAAAAACAAUAUAAUGGAUAAUGUUUGUACUGUCCUAAAAAAUAAUAUCCUAACUAUAAAAUCAUUAGAGCAGUAAUCUAUUUAUAUAUAAUCUAUCUUAUAAAUAU